AUGGCGCAACUAUGGGAUGAACCUGUCGAUUCUGAGUACGAGAUGAACUUUUACCUUAAAGAAGCAUCGUUCCGGCUGGAAAACGCUAAAAGGCUUUCAUACGCUGUCCGGCUCUUGGAAGACGACGCAGACGUGCCUGCGCUCUUGACCACUGAACAGCAAACAGCCUUUGGAAAAACAAACGGCAUCGCUAAGAGCAUCAUCCAGAAAACGAAAUGCGAAGUCGACACUUGCAUCAGGUCUUACGAAGCGCCGCGCUGCCGUGCGUUGCUCGAGGAAGUACGCAAGCGAUUAUGUCAAGAACUCCGCGACACGAUAUACGGGUUCAUCUUCCAAGGCCAACGAGUCGAAUUAGACGAAGACCAUGAAGUCAGCGGACACGAGAGCAUUAAAGACGAAGAUCGGAAGUACCUUCAAACCGAGUUCAAGAAGCUGAAAGUCCUAAAGAAGAUUAUAGACGCGCGCGUCGGAGAACUGAACGCCGAGAAUCAAAUCUUCUGUCUACGCAAUAGUUGUCCAGUCAAGGAGCCUUCUCACGAAACCGGUCGAUACCAACGGAUGUUCAGACUACAGGAAGAAGCCCGGAAUAUUGCUGGUGAGAUCAACCACCGUAUGAAGCGCUAUGCAGCAGCGCAGUGUCUCCCCAUCUGCACCACGGUCUGCGACAAACUACCCCGCGAGCUUCGCGACAUGAUAUACCAAUACAUCAUCGGGGAGUCGAUCGUGAAGAUUGAUAAGGAGAUACUGGAAUCUUUCCUCUUUUGUUCCGAAAUCGGUUUCACGCCCAUGUUCCCCGCAGGGUUCACAAAUCGCACCACCAUUGCCUGCGAGCACCUCUGGGAUCGUGACUACUCCGGCAAGCUCUUCUACUCCGAGCUUAUCGAGGCUUGGUACCGCAAUACAACGUUCUCUUUCGUAGAAUGUCGUCUCGUCCCUGAAUUCCUCAACGAUCCGCGCUUCGGCUACGGCGUACCACCGCGAGAGUGGGUGCGCAAGAUCAAAAUCAUCAGGAUUACGACAACGGAGAGUGUCCUCUCUAUAUACAAGGGAGAAGAGAAGGCAUAUAACAUCAAGACCGGCGAUCUCGAUAAUCUUAAAGAUCUGCCUAAGCUGACGCGUGUUAUAUUCGACUUUGAUGCCGCAUUUUCGUCACUUCCUACGUAUCACGACAACUAUAGGCGAUUUGUAUUAACGGAUCUGAAGGAGAUGUUUCCGAAGAUUCAAGAUCUACUAGAUAGGGAGUGUAGGGUAUCGGUAAUGUUCUCCAGCAUGGGGCCGCUCGAAAUGCGAAGGGAUGAGCUUACUGCUCAAAUAUGGGAGGAUAAACUGGAGGCUAUUAGGCCUGAUUAG